UGUAGACACAUCGAACAUAUCCAAUGCCCAUUUGCAUGCAAUUUACACAUAACCCCCUCGUGCCCAACUGGCACAAAAUUGAUUCAUUCUUGGAGAGAGUUUGAAUAGUGACAAAAAAAAAAACUCUCAAUUAAGCUCUCGUCUUUUCCCCUUCAACCCUCACUCUUUAUCCUCAAUAUCUACUACUCCACAAACCUAAGAAGAGCAAACAACAACACCUAAGUACACUAUAUAUAUAUACAUUGAUAGACGGGCAUAUUGGGAGGGAUACAUCAAACAUAAUAUAGAAUGAAUUACAUGUUCGGAAAUGCAGAAUGCAGCAGCGGUUGCGAGUCAGGUUGGACUCUCUACUUGCAACACUCUUCAAUAUCUGCAGAUGCAGCUUGUUACGAGGAGACACGGACGAAGAGAUCGGAAGAUGAAGAAGACGAAGAUCUGUCGAUGGUGUCGGACGCCUCGUCCGGCCCACCGCAGCUGCAUGAGGAAGAAGUUGACAAAAGCGGCUGCAGCUUCUAUCACUAUAGUACUACCACCGUUACCCAACCCUUGUCCAAGAACAUUCAUCUUGCCAGGAAGAAAAACAGAGACAAUCGAUGUCGGAAAUUAAAGGUGCAAGAACACUCCUCUUUGCUCGACGACACCGCUAGCUCUCCGCUAUUAUACGACUUCUGCAAUAAAACAAGAAGUCAGGCAUCGGUGGAGAAUGUGGUGGAAUAUUCACAAGGCUACUCCUCAACUCAGUUUGAAGUGAGACCUCCAUAUCAGGAGGAGCAUUAUGAUUUCUUGCAGUCUGGAAAUCAACUGCAGCAGCAAAACCAGUUGAGUUUUUACUAUGCUCUCCUUUCUUUUUUUUUUCUUUUUUUUUUCCUUGGAUCUAUAUUUUUUUUUAUAAGUUUUCGUUUCUGUUAUGUAUUUAGUACUUAAUAUUUAAUUUUGAUUUGGUGCGAAUCUGUAGCAGGUGGUUUGAAGGUAAAAGGUGGUGAAGCAAUGAAACGACAUUCAUCAACCGUCCGAUGUUAACUGCUGUAAUAAUGUUCAAAAAAGCUACUAUGUUUUUAUAAAUGCGAAAUUGAAUCUCGAAAAGGGGAUUUUGUUUCCCUUUCUUCUCUUCUUCCCUCUCUUUCUUUUUGUAGCUGUAACACAAGUGGGAAACAGCUUGAAAGAAAUAAAGAAGUGAAAGGAAAAAAAAGAAGAGAGAAAAACAUGAAGUGGAAUUUCAUUCUCAAUAUUUUGUUGAAGAUUCAAGAUUUUCUUGUCUUCGAAAUAAUGAAUGGCAACAAUUAUUUGUUUUU